CAUUGAUGCAAGCCCCCACUGGUCGUGCUACAGCAUUGACUGCAAGCCCCCGCUGGGGGUCCCAAAGCAAAGACAAGAGCCUAGACAGUACAGACCUGGACACAAGACUGAUGGUCCCACAGCACAGACCUGAACAAAAGAAGACUGGUGGUCCCACAGCACAGACCUGGACACAAGACUGGUGGUCCCACAGCACAGACCUGGACACAAGACUGGUGGUCCCACAGCACAGACCUGGACACAAGACUGGUGGUCCCACAGCACAGACCUGGACACAAGACUGGUGGUCCCACAGCACAGACCUGGACACAAGACUGGUGGUCCCACAGCACAGACCUGGACACAAGACUGGUGGUCCCACAGCACAGACCUGUACACAAGACUGGUGGUCCCACAGCACAGACCUGGACACAAGACUGGUGGUCCCACAGCACAGACCUGGACACAAGACUGGUGGUCCCACAGCACAGACCUGUACACAAGACUGGUGGUCCCACAGCACAGACCUGUACACAAGACUGGUGGUCCCACAGCACAGACCUGUACACAAGACUGGUGGUCCCACAGCACAGACCUGUACACAAGACUGGUGGUCCCACAGCACAGACCUGUACACAAGACUGGUGGUCCCACAGCACAGACCUGGACACAAGACUGAUGGUCACACAGCACAGACCUGUACACAAGACUGGUGGUCACACAGCACAGACCUGUACACAAGACUGGUGGUCACACAGCACAGACCUGUAUAUAAGACUGAUGGUCCCAUCAAUCAGGUUAGUGUUUGCUUGGCUUCAUCAGUUGUUGGCCAUGUCACAUGGGUAGAUUAAGGCUACACCUGUCCAUCCUAACAUGACGGACCUGUCGUGUACACAGGCUGUGAUGUUCAACACCACACAGCUUGCAGUUACGCCGUCACCCACGUGGCACGGCCCUUAGGGGCUGCAGUGUGCACAUUCAAUACUGAUAGUGCCCCAUGAAGCCUGGACAGAUCCCUUCUGGGGUCAAGUUCUUGGGGUUAUGGGACAACAUUAUGGUGCGUCUGGCGCCCGC